AUGGCUUCCUCAAUAGCUUCUCCAGUUCCGUUGCGUUUCAACCAACCUCAACCGACGAGCAAUGAUCCAAAGGCCUUUGAUGCAGGUCGCGAGACACCUCUUCCACAAUACGAGCAGACGCAAUCGGUGCCCUUCACCCUGAAUCUCCAAGAAGAUGCAAGAAAUCCCGGCCAGUUUCAGCUUGUCUUCAACCUUGGCUCAAAACAACAGCUGCAGAAUGCAAUACCUCUGAACUGCACAUCUCAUGUUGCUUCUCGUACAACUCCACGAGACAGCUUGAAGUCGGAUGCAGAACAUCCAGUAUCAUUCGCACCUCAGAGCAGAAGCCCACCAACUACUCCUCUGCAUGAUACGCAAGGCUGGGCCGAUCUAGACAAUGUACCUCCAGACUUUCUCAAAAAGGUCGUGCCAGAUUGGGAUGUAUCGUUUUCUCGGAGCGACUCAACAGCUUCUACGCAAUCCAGACGACUUACCGACAUCAAGGCCAGGAUCAAGAAGAAAGGAAAGGGCUACGUGGUGCGCUUGUUGAAAGGUUCCGUGGAUUCAAACGAGAUUGCAGAAGUAGAUUUGGGUCAACAAUUCAACGCAGAACAAACAUCUGAAACUCAAGAGCUUGAUUCCGCGACCUUGCCAGCCGAAUUGUAUUGCCCUCCUUCUACUGUUACAUCGACCGCCGAUACGCUUCUUGGACGCAAUGAUAUUUUUGAAAUCGGUACUUCGAAUACACCUGGCAUUCAACGACUACUGCCAUCCGCCAUGGCUGGACCUAUUGAGCCUGCCGUACCAUCAAUGAGACAUCUGCCGCGCCAUAGCCUAGCUAGGAGCUCGAUUGCUGAAGAUGGCCUGAGUGAUGCCGAGACUCUGAUACCCGAUAUUCGUUCGAUAUACGGCCGUAUGGAUGAAGACCAGACCGACGCCGAGCCAUUCUCCCAGACCACAACAACCCCCACCCGGUCGGCUUCAGUCUCCAGCAUUGUAAAGACACCGACUCGUGGUCUAUCACUUGUUGGACCUGUACGAAAGCGGGUAGUAGAGAAGAAGACCCGCCCUCGUGUGAAGAGCCGUGCGGUGAACUUAGAACUUAAACGAUCUGAUGCUCAUAAAUCCGUCAAGCAUCGCGUAGUAUCAACAGUCAAUGCAUCAGAUAGUGUGUUUAUGGAGACUGCAGCAGAGUCGACGACUUUGCGCCAACGCAUACGUCCGACGUCUCGCAAAUCUAAUGAAUCUGGUCCAGCGAAUGAUGAGUAUGGUACUUGGUCACACCCAAUACGACAAACCAGUAUAGUGAAGCCGCGACAUCUGCGUCACUUAUCUGCGGACGAAUUACAUGCUCCCUCCAGACCCAAGCUUGGAUUGCGCCUUGUGACUGAUGUGCCUCAAACAAGGUCAGCACAUGUGUCACCAGCGACGCGGCGGAAGAAGUCACCUAGGCUCCGCAAGCCCGCAUCAUCCUCAUCGUCACCAAUGGAGGCAGACGAUGCUGAUGUGCCAUGUUCUCCUGAGUGGGCGGAAAUCGAUCGCUCAAAUGAGCUUCAUGAAGCUCUAGGAAGAGCGCUGGGUAAAUUCAUUCCCAGGAACGAAGAUGACGAGAAUGACACCAGAGAGUUCUCGGUACCCAAGAUCAUUGAGCCACUAGAUAGCGACCACAUUGGUGAGAUAACAUUACCUUCGGAAGUAGAGAUUCGAUCGGCGCCACUUGGAGGUCGCAGCCUAACCGCGAUAUACUGGGGUCUUGCACUGAGUGCCUUGUCGGAUAAAGCUUAUGAAGGUUUCCGAUUGCUUCGUGACACAUUCGGGACGGAGCCUGCUGUGCCACAGGGACAUGUUCGUGUUCGAUGGACUUGUUCAUGUGGUGAGCCACUAUAUGACGAUUUCAUCGAACAGCGACCAAAUGCUGCUCGUCUUCUCGAAGCUUUUCUCAACCGCCCGAGGGCUCACACACCAAGGAGUCCUACCAGCCAAGGCAGUACGGCAUCAUCGAUGGCUUCCAUCUUUGACUCGUCCAGUAGAGCAUCCACACUAACCACACCAUCCUCGACUUACGGAGGACCUAGUUCCUGGACAAGAGGCAGUGAUGCUUCCAAGUACAGUCCGUCUCGCACCCGUAUUACCAACCCCUUCAGUGUCCGUAUGCCAUCAUUCGCCGAGGAGUCCUGGCUCUUGACCUGUGCAAAUGAGGGGCGUCUUACGCCUAAGAUUGUUCAUCUCGAUGUCAACGAAGGACGCAUAAGAAGCGACAAAGACCUUGCGCUCGCGCUACGAGAGCACUAUGACCAGCUUAAUCGACGGUGGUUCAACUGGGCUCGCCUUCGUGGACUGACGACCAUCGAGUUCGUUCAAUUCGAAGUCCAUCGUAAUCGUUUCGCUGAUAUCCGUGCUGCACCUUCCAUGCCACCCAAGUCCGCUGCCUCUUCAGGGUCGACUAGCGAGCCAGAGAAGUCACAAGCGCCGUCUCAACAUCCGUAUACCUUCGAGCCCAAUGAUCUGCUGCCUCCUGUUGGAAGCACCUAUCUUCUUCAUUUGUUCAAGCACCCUCAGGACUAUGAGGGCGAGUUGAUUACGUAUCUUCGUAGUCCAAAGCGGCGCCAGCGUCUGGAGUUUGGUAUGGGCUGGGGUGUUCAUCUUGUGGAAGGCUUUCUCGCGCAGCGGGUAUGGGCAGUAACGAUGGGUAUCUGUGGCUUAGGUAGCGCGGCGUUUGCGAUUUUAUGGACUAUCCAGAAGGACGACGUGCAGGGCGCCUUCGGAGUCGCGCAGUGGGUGUUGGGUUUAGCCGUAUUGUUGGUUGGUGGCAUGCAAGCGUGGCUGGAAUAA